AUGACGACGAGGAUGACCGAGCUGGAGUCGCAGGAGGCGGUCGAGACGAUAAGGGCCGCCUCCGCGGCGCACGUCAGGACCAGCGCCGCGCUCCGGCUGCUGGCGUUCGCGGCGUCGCUCGCCGCCGCGGUGAUCGUGGUCACCAACAGGGAGGCCCGGUGGGGCGUCAGCGUGAGCUUCAAGAUGUUCGACGUGUGGGAGUACCUCAUGAUGAACCUGCAGACGGCGGCUACGGCCGGCGCCGGCGCGAUGGGUUCGGUGGCCAUGUGGGGGAACAAGCCGAGCAGGUGGUUCGCCGUGUGCCGCCUCUACCGGCUCUACUGCAACAAGGGCGCCGUCUCCCUGGCGCUCGCCUUCGUUGCUUUCGCCGCCCUCGGCGUCGCCGGUACCCUCUCCCGCUACCCCAGGGCACCACCACCGGCCGCCGCCAGAUAA